AUGGCCUUUAUUACCCGGAGAUGCCUACAAAAGCAGAAGGAAUUCAUCCUGGAUGGUGUGGCAGUGGACACCAUUGGUAGCAGCUAUGCCCACAUCCUGCCCAAGUUGUGGUCUGCAUUGCCACCUUAUAAUGCUCAGUUGGAUAUCCAUGCUGCUAGCUAUUUCUCAUCUCCAGUGGUCAAAUCAGUGUUAAAAAGGACGGACCAGACUCGUGGUGGGACUUCUAGGGAUGGGUGGAUAGUGGACUAUUUCCAUAUCUAUGGGCCAGGCCAGAGAUAUUUGAACAGGAGAAACUGGGCAGGAGCAGGUCACUCUCCAGAGCAGGUGGCUGGUCACCAUCUGUACCUGAUAGAUGCAAAACCAGCAACAGGUUGGAAUGGGCGAUACGGCUAUCGCCGCAACACUCCUGAUCUUCGCACUCGCUCUUCUUGCUUUGGUGAAGUAACAUGGCUCCCCAUCCACUGA